AUAAUUAGCUCAAAACUUCUUCAUCUUUAGGAAAAGAAAAAUUCCUUAAAAUUCAAAAAAAGAAAAAUGUACCAACAAACAACAUCAACCAUCUCAGAUUCUGAUCUUUCCAUCCUUGAAAACAUCAAAUUCCAUCUUGUUAAUGAUUCUGAUUUUUCUCAAAUCCUUUCAAUGUUUGAUCCGAUCAAUAUUAGUAAUGUAGAAAUUCUUAAUAGCCCGAAUUCGAGUUAUGGUAGCUCAACAUCAGCAGGAGAAAUUAGUUGGGGAGGUACGGUAACUAAUAUCGAUAUCCCGUGGCAAUAUGUCGAUAAAUCGGAGCAUGAGGAGGUAGCAAACGAGGAGCCUAUAGUGGCAUGUGGUGUGCACGCGCCUGGGGAUUGGAACCGGUACAGGGGUGUCAGGCGGAGGCCGUGGGGUAAGUUCGCGGCGGAGAUAAGAGACCCCGAUAGGAAAGGCGCUAGGCUUUGGCUAGGAACUUACCAGACACCCGAGGAUGCAGCAUUGGCUUAUGACCAAGCCGCUUAUAAGAUCCGUGGCUCUAAAGCUCGGCUCAAUUUCCCUCAUUUAAUUGGCUCAGACAUAUCUAAGCCGGUUAGAGUGGCUCAGCGGAGGCGUGCCACUCUCUUAGAAAAUACCCCUUCAAAGAAGAGAAAAUUAUAAAUUAGCUAAAAAUUAAAUUAGAGGCAUUUUUUGUAUUACUCAUAGAGGUGUAUUGUUAAUUAGUUUAGAUUGCUUGGUCUGGUGCCCAUAUGAUAUUGUUAAUUAUAUCAUAUGGCAGUUUAUGUAGUUAAAUUCUAGAAUUAAACAACUCUGAAUCUGCAUCUUAAAUUUAUUGACACUUCUAAUAGUUCUCCUUUGAUGGAGUUUAUGUAUGAUUUCUAAAGGCAUAAUAUAUAAAUAUG